GAAUUUCUCGUGGUUGCCGAGCUAGACGAAAGGGAGGAUAAGAGCGAAGUUAAAAAGCGCCACCGCUUUGCUGACCGAAAACUGCUGGUAAAGGGAGAAAAAGCAAAUCGGCCCCAUUCAUUUGUCGUCUCCCCCACGUCUUACAGCGAGAUUGGCGCAGAAAAAGCCCUAGACAACCCUGUUGCUCCCCAACUGCACUCCGCCAAUCCAGAAAGUCAGCAUCACAGUCAGCUGGUGAGCCUUCUGCCAAAGUAUUUGGACCCGCGGCCCCCAGAGAUGACUACUCCUGCGAAGUACCUGUCACUGGACUACAUUUUCUCUUCAACUGGUACAGUCCAUCAUAAUCUAAAGCCUGACUUGACCUUGUCUGGCAUCAAUAAACGCCAUCGGUUGCUUAGUUGGCCGCUUGGGCUCGAGUCCGGCCAGAUUAACUUCCGCGCCAGGCUGGGUUCUGAUCCCGAGGCUCGGGACUCAGCCUCGCCCAACGGCGUCAGCCCACCUGAUGCGGUGAAGUCUACACCUCUUCUCGCCACAGAGCCUGUGGAUGGCUGGAGCCAGUCAUCCGGCCAGUUGGAGCCAGACUCUGGUUUUGCAGGCACUCCGCUCACUCCACAGACUACCCUUCGGAUAUUCUGCACCAUUCCCCUCGAAGCGAUCUGGGUGCAAACCUCCACCGAAGUAAACAUCACAGUUCUAAAGAGUCAUGGCCUAUCGUCAAGGCAACUGUUGCUUGGCUGGCCGAUAAGGUGUAAUUGGUGCGUCGAGUUUGAAGCUGAACAGGCGGCUGCUCAAUGGGCUCAACUCUUUACGAGGUACGUCUGA